GCCGAGGGAAACAGGCGCUGGCCCUUUCUAGGCGCCCCCUCUUCUGUCUCCUCCGCGCGAGCAGCUCGGGCCGUCGGCGCGUCGUGGUGAGGUAGCCAUGGAUGCGCGUAGCACUAUGGGAUUGUAAGGAAACGGGCUCUCGCAAGGAACAAUGUGGCGUCCUCUUUCUUUCUCUCUUCCUCUCCAUCCCCCUGCCCCUUCCCCUUCCCCCUGUUAUUAGCCUCGCUCUCGCUCUUGCUCUCUCUCUUUCUCUUGCUCUCGCUCUUUCUCUUGCUUUUAAUCUUACCCCCGCCCUUGCCCUUUCCCCGCUCUGGCUCUUACCCUCCCUCUCUACUCCCGCUUCCCGAUUUCCUCCUCCACCUGGUACUGGCGGUAGUGUUAGUAGUAUAUCAUGUACCACUACGCCUACAUUACGUAUUCGAGAUAUACUAGGAGGCUCUAACUUGGACGGAAAACCUGCCUCCUGUUAGAUUUUGUAGAGGCAGGAUAUCGCCGAGGGACCGACGCUACUGUGGUAUUGCGCGAGGCGUGCCCCCCUCGUCUAUAGCUGCGUUAUGUAUUAUGGAGUUAUGUUAUAGGCUAAGGCUAAGGACAGGAGUAGCGACUAGGUUAGGGGUGUUCCGUAGGCGUAGGUACCUAGGUAGG